UAUCUAGGUAAUUCAACAUGUCGUCUUCGUCGUACCACAUCACCACUCUUCUUGAGAAGAUGGGUGACGCUGACAAAGACUUUCGAUACAUGGCACUCACUGAUCUAAUGAGUGAGCUCCAGAAAGAGAGUCUAUCACUUGACAGUGAUACUGAAGAAAAGAUAUGUGAGCGUCUCCUCGUGCUGUUAGGAGACAAGAACGGUGAAGUCCAGAACUUAGCGGUGAAGUGUCUGGGACCACUGGUGGGCAAGGUGAAAGGAAACAGAGUGGAGAACAUUGUGGAUGUGCUGGGGAACAACAUGCUGAGUCAGAGCGAACAACUCAGGGGCAUUUCAACUAUGGGACUGAUGAUGGUGAUCAGUGAGUUACACAGCUCGUCCCUUGCAGCUCCUGUCAGUAGGCGGAUAUGUAGCAAACUCACUACGGCACUUACCUACCCCAAAUUAGAGGUACAGAUCCAGCUAGAAAGUCUGGACAUCAUGAGUGAAGUGCUGCACAAGUUCGGUAGUUUAGUCCAGUCACAGCACGACAAGGUUCAAGCAGCUCUACUCCCACUGCUCGCUAAUAACCGUGUUGCUGUAAGGAAGAGAACCAGCGUCGCUAUAGGGUAUUUAGUACAGAACAUCAGCAACUCCCUGUUUGAAGAGCUGAUAAAGCACGUGAUGGAUAACCUUGUUAACCCUACUAAAGUCCUUCAGAGCUACAUCACCUGUAUCAACGUCAUCAGUCGACAUGCUGGGCACAGGUUUGGCAACAAACUAAAGAUAAUAGUUCCUAAAGUAGCAGAGUUUGCUCAUUCUGCAGGAGAGAAUGAUGACCUGAGGGAGUCUGCCAUUCAGGUUCUAGAGUCGUGUGUACUAUGGUGUCCCGGAGAAAUGCAGGAGUUUACCGCCCAGAUAGUAGACAUCUCCCUUACUUACAUCACUUACGAUCCUAACUAUAACUACGACAGUGAGGAUGAAGAGGAUGAGGAGUAUCUGGAUGACGAGGACGACUACAGUGAUGACGAAGACAUGAGUUGGAAAGUUAGAAGGUCUUGCGCUAAGUGCCUCUCUGCUAUUGUCCAGGCCCGUCCCGAGCUGCUUUGUGACAUCUACACCCGCAUAUCCCCUGUCCUGAUAUCCCGGUUUAAGGAGCGGGAGAAGAGUGUCAGACUGGACAUUUUCAACACUUACUCCUGUAUCCUCCGUCAAACUGCUGCCAGUAAACAUGAUAUAGCCCCUGAGGACGAGAUGCAGGAUGUCACGCCUCUAGCCCAGCUGGCAACACAAGUAGAUGCCAUUGUACGUGGUCUAGAGAAACAACUGUACGACAAGAACGACAAAACACGACAGAGUUGUUUCUCCCUGUUGGGCGAGCUAGUGACUGUACUGCCUGGCUGUCUUACCUCUUAUGUGGAUAUUCUGCUACCUGCUGUCCACAAGUCUCUUAGUACAAAAGGAGCAAGUUGUUAUAUAAAGAUAAGCUCUCUCUCCUUUCUCCGUACACUUCUCACUCACCACUCUCCUGAAGUGUUCCAGUCUAACCUCCCUGAUACACUCUCCUGUGUUAUUGGUGCUGUUCAGGACACUUUUUACAAGGUCAUAUCGGAAGCUCUGCUGGUAAGCGAACAGCUAGUAUUUGUAAUCAGACCCCCUAACAGUAAUAAUCCACAAGUAUCAGAGCUAUGUACCGCUAUUUUCAAUGCCACGUUGUACAGAUUGAAGGAGGCUGAUUUAGAUCAAGAGGUCAAGGAAAGGGCUAUAACUUGCAUGGGACAUUUGUUGGCGAAUAUGGCAGAUUUACUGCAGUCGCAACUAGCAAUAGCUUUGCCGCUGUUUUUGGACAGACUGAGAAACGAAAUUACAAGACUCACAACCGUGAAAGCUCUUAGUGUCAUCGCCAAAUCGUCGCUCAACGUUGAUUUGCAGUUGAUCCUCGCCGAAGCAUUCCCUCUGUUAGGGACCUUCCUCAGAAAAACAAACCGAGCCCUCAAGUUAUCAACUCUGGAACUUUUAGAUAACAUUCUUAUCAAAUACUCUAAUUUCAUCACAUUGUCCAUGGUAAACGACCUGAUUGAUGAACUGCCGAGGUUGAUAAGCGAGUCAGAUACCCACGUUUCUCAACUAGCCCUCAUGAUAGUCUCCAGACUUUCUGAGACUAUGCCACAAUCAAUGGAAAAGAUCCCCGACGGAGUGCUGCCUGCCGCUCUUACUCUGAUAAGAUCACCACUAUUACAAGGAAAUGCUCUUAUAAGUAUGACUACAUUCUUCUGCAGUCUCGUACGAUCAGGAAACACUAGGUUAACGUUUGUUGAGCUAGUCCAGCACCUAACUAACCCAGUAUACAACCCUUCACCGGCCACCCAACCAGCCAACUCACCUCUCUCUGUCCACAAACAAGCAUUCUACAGCACCUCCUCCUGCAUCUCAGCUCUCGCACUUAACUGUGCUUCCCAGGACGAGUACCAGUCGGUGAUAACCAAGUUGUUAGACAACCUAAAGAGUAACGACAUGUCUUGUAGUGUUAGGUUGUUCGCUCUGCUCACUCUGGGAGGCAUUGGUAAACACAGAGAUCUGAGCGAGCACAAGAAUCUGCAGAAUGUUAUCAUGUCAUCCUUCAACAGUCCCACAGAGGAAGUCAAAUCUGCAGCUUCAUAUGCUUUAGGUAAUGUGAGCGUAGGUAACCUGAACCUCUACCUGCCCAUCAUCCUCUCCGAGAUACAGAGCAACUCAAAACGUCAGUACCUCCUCCUCCACUCCCUUAAAGAGAUCAUCACCUCCAUGUCGGAGAAGGAGGAGAGUAUUCAGCUUCUCAAGAACUACGUGCCCGACAUGUGGAACCUCCUUAUCCGGUACAUGGAGUCCUCGGAGGAAGGUUCCAGAAAGAUCGUAGCAGCGUGCCUGGGUAAACUGAUGCUCAUUGACCACGAGAGUCUCCUACCCAAGCUACUAAACUACACUACCUCCUCCAGCCCUCACGCGCGCAGCACCGUCGUCAUGGCAAUCAAAUACACGGUGAAGGAGGAACCUCAAGCUAUUGACGUCAUGUUAAGGCAGUACAUUGGGCAGUUCCUCAAUUUGCUGAAAGAUGAGGAUUUGCACGUGCGACGGAUGGCGCUUGUUACACUGAACUCUACUGCUCAUAACAAACCUGCACUUAUCAGGGACCACAUGGAAGAUAUCCUACCUGAUCUUUACAAAGAAACAACAAUAAAACUGAAGAGAGAGGUGGAGAUGGGACCGUUCAAGUACCCAGUGGAUGACGCGCUGGACAACCGCAAAGCAGCAUUUGAGUGCAUGUAUACCGUCCUCCAGAGCUGUAUGGAUCGAGUUAACAUCUUCCAGUUCUUGGAUCACAUCGAGAUAGGACUAAAGGAUGUGCCUGAUAUCAAGAUGUUGACCUAUUUGAUGGUCCUGAGACUCGUCCAUAUAAAUCCAAAUGCUAUAAUGCUAAAGCUGGAGAGUAUUCUAGAACCUCUGCGUGACACAUUCCAGUCCAAACUGAAGGACAUUUGUCCCAUUGGUCAGGAGGUUGAGAAGGUACAGGAGCUUAAGAGAAGUGCUAUGAGAGCAGUUGUGGCGCUCAGCAAGAUCUCCGAUAUCGAAAAGCAUCCAGUAUUUAUUGAUUUUAUGAAGAAGUUAAGAGCGAAUAAAGAAACCGACUUACUUUUGGAACAGGAGCUACAGGCUAACCAAGCAUCGUAUGAUGAUAUGGUAUUCUCCAUGGACCACUGAUACCGGACAUUAGUCAUUUAGAUUAUUUAUAGUUAGCUUGUAAUCUCUGACUCGCUUCUCUCUCUCGGAGAUUUCCACUAACCGAGAAUUGAUAAGACAGUGGAGUGUCGGUUUAUUCAGGCCUUCUUUAUAGUAUAGCUGAAACUUGUGCGUAUGAGAGGAAGUGAAUUUAGAUCGUUAAGGUAUGAAAUUUGAAAUGUUUGAGUUGAGUUGGAAAGUUAAAGAAAGAGAAAAGGUUUGGGUUGCUUAAAGUUAAAAUACUAGCAGGGUAGCUGUUUUUCAAACUUUCCUUAAUUUGAUCUUUACUCUUUAAUUUGGAUCGCAUUUAUUACUUUUAGGAAGUCUCUGUGUAUCACAGGUUGGAAUUGUAAAUUUUACAAAUUCGCUUAGAAAUAAACCCGCUUAAGUUUUGCGAUCAACCUUUCAAAUGUUGGCCUUCUUUUUCUCAUGAAGUAUGAACAAUUUAAUAUCCCUCCUGGCGCAAUUCAGUAUGCUUUUUCUAAACCCAACUCUCCCCUUAUGUUAAAUAGAAUACGGAAUAAGAAAACAAUUACAGUCACAAAGGGACCACCGACCAUUUGUGGUUUCAAAGCUUUUAAUCGCCAUCUUGCAUUUACGAUUUGCAUAUUUUAUUAAUUUAGGGAAAAAUCCUUAUAAUGAAACUAACAUUUGAAGUACAUCAUUUAUUAGUUUACCAGUCCAGUUUAGUCUGUGCGCUGUGGGAUAUUUGACAAAUUUUCUCCUGAGCUUGUAUUUAAUAGUUAUGAAACACUUUCUAUAUAUUCUACAUUAUUGAUUAUUGUACCCAGUUUGCAUUGUGCUUUGCAAUCCUAACCUUUAGCUUUACGAAUGUAAAAUGCUCUCUUUAAUCUCUAUUUGUUCAAUUAUAAUGAACUUACAUGUUUGUAGAUUUCGUAACGAAAGGAUCAUAAUCAUAUUUUCUAAAUUCUCAUUCUUCUGCCAGUAGUACUUCGUUCGAAUAAAAUUGGAAUUUAUUUUGAUUUUUAGUGUAUGAUGUACGAAAUUGAAAAUUUUCACAAAAUGUCAUGGUUUUGAUAUUAAAGUUACAAUUCGCA